AUCAAAGUGAAAAUAUGUGCCUCGAGCUCUUUACUGUUGCCAGGGCGUCAAUGGCGGAACUCCGCGGCAGAAGUUAAUAUGACACAAGACAAGAUCGCAUAAGAGGUCAACAAGGAUGUCAAUAGAGGCAGAGGCGUUGCUGCAGGAGGCGAAGGAGAGCAUUGAAGCAGCCCAAAACUACAGAAGCGAGCUACAGCAGAGGCUGCAUGGACUCAGCCAGGCACGCAAACAGGUGCGUGGCAGUGCCAGUCAGACGCGUGAGGCUCUGCAGCGGCACUUUCAGGAGCUGCAGACGGCAGUGAGUCGACUGCUGACCGAGAGGCUGAACGCUCUGCUGCAAGAGGUCGACAACAUCGAGCUGGACAGUGUCAGUCCCUUAGAUGACUGUCAGAAGCUCAUUGAGCAUGGAGUCAGCACAGCUGAUGAGCUGCUCCGAGAGGGGGAGGCUGCCAUCCGCUGUGGCAUAAAUGAGAAGGAGGACAAGCUGGGCAGCUUCACUAAGAAAGCCCUGCAGAUCCAGUUGGACAGUCUGCCCGAGGUACCUGCGCUGGUGGACGUGCCGUGUCUGUCUGCGCAGCUGGACGACUCUUUGCUGCAUAUGUUUCGUACACACGUGGCUCGGCACGCCAGCGUGGCCUCUCAUCCGCCCGUCCAGAUUGAGGAGCUGGUGGAGAGACCGGGCGGUGUGCUGGUGCGCUGGUGUAAGGUGGACGAUGACUUCGCCCCGCAGGACUACCGGUUGCAGUACCGUCGUGGUAACUCUUCUCAGUAUGAGGACGCGUACAUUGGAAAAGACACCGAGUUCCUGGUGCUCCAGCUUGACCCGCACAUCGACCACCUGUUUCGUGUGUGCGCCAGAGGAGAGGGCCGAACCGAAUGGAGCCCGUGGAGCAUCCCGCAGACCGGCUACACCACACUUGCACCCCACGAAUGGCUUCCAGGCGUGGAUGGUUACAUUUUGAGCAGUAGGAAGAACAUCGCUAUGCGCAAUGACUCAUCGCCUGGUCACGGGGGUGUUCUGUACUCCAACUCCCCCUCGUACUUCUGUGGCCAGACCCUCACCUUCAAGAUCACAGCUGCUGGACAGACAGAUAAGCGUGACAGUUUGGGUGUGUGUGCAGACAACAGAACUGACACAGAUUCACUGCAGAGGGAUCAGGCUGUCUGCAUCUCCACUAACGGUGCCGUGUUUGUGAAUGGAAAAGAGAUGACCAACCAGCUACCAGCCAUCACUGUUGGCUCUUCUGUGACCUUUGACAUGGAAGUAGUCAACCUCUUUCCUGUGAGCAACAAUAACAACCCCAGCGAUGGUGGAAACUUUAAGCUGAGGGUGACGAUUGGCUCAGGGAACAGGGAAGUGGUGUUUGAUUGGCUGCUGGAUCAGGUGGUGGACAGCCUUUUCUUUGGCUGCUCCUUCACGCACCCUGGAUGGAAAGUGCUGGUGUUUUGAUUAUUGCUUGAUGAAAGAUCCAGUCUGCUGGAAUUUAAGACCUCAAAUUUCUUUAAUGUUAUCAACCUUCCCAAGUGCUUACAGUGUUCAAAUGUCACAUUUGCCCAUUUUCUUAUUAUCAGCACCACAUUUCACUGCAGAAUAACAUUAAAAUUUGUUCUGAGGUAUGAUGCCAACCACUACUCUUUGACCUCAUUACAGAUGGACAGGUGUUGUGGUAUUUGCAUAACAGUAAAUAUUUGUAAAAGAGACUGUUACAUGUUAGAGGAGUCUAAUAAAGUUUUUAGCUGCAGGUGUGAAGUUGCAAAGCAUGCUGGUCUGGUUUACCACAUAAAAGAAUCUACUGUGAAGCAUUCAGAUAUCAAAGGCACUCAAAACUGCUCAAAAAUGUAAGGAAAAAAAAACGCUUUAUAACGAACGAUGAAGCUGAAUCUUUUACGCUCAGACAAUCUUUUCUGCUUUUGAGUUUUCUCAAGUCAGAAGUGGAGAAUGUAUCGUUAGAACUUUUAGUCUGUUCAACCAGCUGAAUGUCGUUUGAUUUAGGACAGUAACAUUUAGAGAUGGCAUAUAACAACUAGUAUUUAAUUUGUGUUUGCCUGGUACUCUGUGUUCCCAUUUAGAAAGUACUGUUUUUCAUUUUUACAUCACAGGGUAGAGUGUUUGUGUCGGCCUGUUCACAACUUCGGCAACAUAAUAUUGAUCAGUAGAUACCAAUAUGUUUCCACAGAAAUGUGAUAAUUCGCACUAAGCUUAAGUGUUGUGCCAUUUUAUGGUGAUCUUUUUUUUUAUGUUCAUUUUUACAAGCAUAACCUGUCUUACUGUACCACUCCAUGUUUUUAUCAGUUGGCUCACCUUACAGUAAUGUUUCUAAUGCGUUGGUUGGAGAUUUCAGAGGAAAAGCAUUUGACAAAAUGAGAGAACAAGCACCCAAUUCACAUGUUCCUGAGAUAAAAGAACAUCAAUUACAAGGUACUAUGUAAUUCCUCACUGCAGAAGAGAACAUUUGUAACUCUACGCAGAUUAAUCUAUGAAAGGUCUGAUCUAUAGGCCUGCUAUAUUUAUAAAACUGUGACCGUUUAAUGUAUAUUUACCUCAUUUUGUCUGUGCCAUUGCAGUACAGCUGUAAGAAUACAACUGAACAUUUAAACAUUUGCGAUUUAAUAAAUUGUUUGGAACAAUUCGAAAAAUUCUUGAUUUUUUUUUUUGUUUUGUUAAAGUUUACUCAAAAGAAAAGCAUUAAAGAAAUCAUCAACUUGUGAGGUAUCAAUUGUAAAACAAAAAAAUCUUUAUUUUAAAUAAAGAGCAACCUCAAGCACGUUUCAGCAUAAUUCAGAAACUCAAGCAGGUUUCAAUGUUCAUAUUCAAGAUAUAAAUAUCGUUUUUGACAUUACUUUAUAUCAGUAAUCCACAUCUUGUUUAAUUUGUUGCUGUAUUGAGUGUUAUGCAAAAAUUUGCAAUUAGACAACAGCUUCAGCCAGUUGACUAAUUGAUCUCCAAUAUUGACCAAAAACAUUUAACUCAGUGCACAGUUGUAGCGAAAUAAAGCAGUAAUGAUUCACAAACAGAUCCCUUUCUUUUAAAAUCAAUGCAUACAACAACAACAAAAAAUAAAAAUAAAACAACUAUAAAGACUUACAUUUCUGAUUUGAAACCAACUACACAAACAUUAUAGCCAUUUCACUUUGGUCUAAAAUAAUAUUCCUUCUGGAAUGCAGUCCCCUUCAGCAAAGCCAUCAUGUAAUAUCACUAAACUUAUGUACACGUUACAACAGGUUUCCUCAGAAACACCUGAAAAAUCAAACAAAUGGGCACCAUGAAGGACAAGUGGAAACGAGAUAAACUGAUGGACACACCAGAGCAAAUGCACCAUGAUAAAACUAAUGUAUGGAACUGGACACAAUAUUGUGUGCAGUAAAGUGUCAUUGAAAUUAUUCAAACAAGAAUAAAUGAAACCUUUUCACACUGAUUUAGACCAAAAGUUCAAACCCUGCUUAGAGUCCAUGUUUCCAUGAGUAAGGCAAGUGUAAACAUUUCUGCAAGGCUUCGCCACCCCACCGUGUUGUAGUACCCUGUUCCUCUGUGUGUGUUUUGCAAGGUCAGUGAAAUUAAGGCUCUGAUAAACUCUGCAGUGUAGACGCAGGUGGCCUGCGGCACUGAUGCUCGUUCUUCAAUCAGAGAUUCAAAGAAAAAGAAAAACUCAUUAGGAGUUUUCAUGUGUGGUGCAACAUUAAAGUGGAUACUAAGGGAGAAAAAAAAAAAAA